AUGGGUGAUCAUUAUGGCUUUUCGCUUACCACUUUUAGCCCGUCAGGGAAGCUGAUGCAGAUUGAAUAUGCUUUGAAUGCGGUUAAGAAUGGCCAGCCUUCUGUAGGAUUGAGAGCGAAGGAUGGUGUCGUACUGUCAACUGAGAACAUCGCAUCGGUACUGUUCGAAGACCAGCCAAAAAUAGAGAAAAUCAGUCAGCAUAUCGGAUGUGUAUACAGUGGAAUGGGUCCUGAUUUCCGCAUCUUGGUAAAACGAGCACGAAAAAUCGCUAUGGAAUACGAACUAAUGUAUGGUGAAGAAAUUCCUACCACUCAACUCGUUACUCAAAUUGCUGCUGUUAUGCAAGAGUACACACAAUCAGGUGGUGUACGCCCUUUUGGUGUCUCUUUGUUGAUCGCCGGUUGGGACAAAACGCCUGGUCGACCGCUGUUGUUCCAAAGUGAUCCCUCGGGUGCUUAUUUUGCAUGGAAAGCGACUGCAUUGGGGAAGAACGACGUUAACGCUAAAACAUUUCUUGAGAAGCGAUACAGCGAAGCUCUUGAACUAGAUGACGGGAUUCAUACGGCUCUUCUUACCUUAAGGGAGUCGUUCGACGUGGGUAUGACGGAAGACAAUGUCGAGGUGGCGAUUUGCAAUGCCAAAGGAUUCCAGCGUCUGACGAAGCAACAAGUUAAAGAUCAUCUCGGAGCUCUCUAG